AACUUGGUGGUCUGCUUCCAAUUGACUCAUUCGGGUCUAAUUGCGAAGUCGCACCAAGUUUCUUGUUCGGCUCCUCGAACGCGCAACCCUUCCUCCGAACUGCACCACCGCCCGACGUGCCUCUCCGAGCUCCUGACAAGGCAAAAGUCAGCCUCUCAACAUGCUCUCCGCCUGUGCUGUCGCCCUUAGGGCAGGCGCCCGCCGCAGCGUCCGCCGGCUGCCCGCCCGAUCCCGCGCCGUUGCCGUCCCCGCCGCCAUUCGCCGUGCAAGGCCAUUCUCGUCCUCUGCAGCCCGGACCACCGACCUCAGCACCCGGGGUAUGAUCGUGCAGACUCUCUCGUCUGUAGGAUCCAAGCGCGAGGUCCAGCAGUACCUCUCCCUGUUCACAUCCGUCUCGUCUCAGCGCUUCGCCGUCAUCAAGGUCGGGGGGGCCAUCUUGACCGACUACGUCGACGAGUUAUGCUCCAGUUUAGCCUUCCUGUAUACCGUCGGCCUCUACCCCGUCAUUGUCCAUGGCGCGGGACCGCAGCUCAACACUCUGCUGGAGAAGGCCGGGAUCGAGCCGCAGUUCGAAGAGGGUAUCCGGGUGACGGACGCAAAGACGCUGCGCGUGGCCCGCGAUUUGUUCUUGCAGGAGAAUCUGAACUUGGUCAACAAGCUGGAAGAGAAGGGCGUGCAUGCUCAGCCCCUGACUACCGGCAUGUUCAGGGCAGAGUACUUGAACAAGGAGAAGUGGGGCUUGGUCGGAAAGAUCACCGGCGUUAAUAAGCAGCCGAUCGAGACGGCCAUCAACAAUGGCUACCUUCCCAUCCUCACCUCCAUGGCCGAGACCGACGAUGGCCAAAUUCUCAAUGUCAACGCCGACGUCGCUGCCGCCGAAUUGGCUCGUGCACUCGAGCCGCUGAAGGUUGUGUACUUGUCGGAGAAGGGUGGUCUGUUCGAUGCUGCGGGCCAGAAAAUUUCGGCUAUCAACCUGGACGAGGAGUACGAGCACCUUAUGUCGCAAUCGUGGGUCAAGUACGGCACCAGGUUAAAGAUCAAGGAGAUCAAGGAGCUGCUGGAUACCCUGCCGCGGGCAACUAGCGUCGCCAUCAUCCACCCCGGGGAGCUCCAGAAGGAGUUGUUUACCGACUCUGGUGCCGGAACUCUCAUUCGCCGUGGCAACAAACUGCUCUCGGCAACCAGUCUGUCUCAGUUCAAAGACAUUGACGCGUUGAAGACUGUGCUGAUCCGCGACCGGGAGGGCCCUGAUGCCAUGGCCACUGUUGACAAGUACCUCGAGUUCCUCAGUGAAAACAACUUCAAGGCAUACUAUGACGGGCCCAUGAACGCUCUCGCCAUUGUUUUGCCCGCCAGCAACGGGCGACAAGCCACUCUUGCUACCCUAACCAUCACCAAGAGUGGGUGGCUGACCAAUGUGGCCGACAACAUCUUCACGGCGCUCCGCAAGGAACAUCCCCAGCUUGUCUGGACCGUGAGGGAGGAUGACGAGAACCUUGGCUGGUUCUUCGACAAAGCUGACGGCAGCGUCACCCGUAACGGCAGUGUGAUGUUCUGGUACGGCAUCGAGAACGGUGAUGAGAUCGUGCAAUUGAUGAAGGACUUCACUCAGAACGGCAGAGCCAUGCUUGGGGAUUCGAAUCUAGAGUCACGCCUGUACCGUGCCGCGACCAACGGCGGUAAGCCUGUCGCUUACCAGGUGCGUGGCUACUCGACGCUCGCCCGCCGCCCUGUCCUCUCAGCACCAGUCUUUGGCCAGACGAACGGGAGGACUUACGUCACUCAAACCAACCCCAAUCCACCGUACGGCAAGAAGAAUGCUUUCAAGUCUAAGCCUGCUAGGGUAGCCCUCAUUGGCGCCCGUGGCUACACCGGGCAGGAGCUGAUUCGUCUCCUUGACUCCCACCCCAACAUGGACCUUUGUCACGUUUCGUCCCGCGAGCUCGCGGGCACAAAGCUGCAAGGGUACAACAAGCGGGAUGUCAUCUAUGAGAACCUCAGCCCGGAAGAUGUUCGCGACAUGGAGAGGCGAGGCGAUAUUGACUGCUGGGUUAUGGCGCUGCCCAAUGGCGUGUGCAAGCCUUUCGUCGAAGCUGUCUAUGAGGGCCGCAAGGACUCAAACCACAAGAGUGUCAUUGUUGACCUCUCGGCCGACUACCGUUUCGACAACACUUGGACUUACGGGCUUCCCGAGCUCGUGACCAGGGCCAACAUCGCGCAAGCCACGCAGAUCGCCAACCCGGGCUGCUAUGCUACUGCCGCGCAGCUCGGCAUUGCUCCCCUUGUCCCCCACCUUGGCGGCAUGCCCCACGUCUUUGGUGUCUCCGGCUACUCUGGUGCUGGCACCAAACCCUCUCCCAAGAACGAUGUCGGCCUGCUUACCGACAACAUAAUCCCGUACAGUUUGACGGGCCACAUCCAUGAGCGCGAGGUCAGCACUCAGCUCGGCGCCGAAAUCGCCUUUGUCCCGCACGUCGCCGUCUGGUUUCGUGGCAUCCACCACACCAUUUCGAUCCCGCUCAACAAGACCAUGACGUCGCGGGAUGUUCGCCAGAUCUACCAGGACCGGUACGCCGGCGAGAAGCUGGUCAAGGUCGUCGGUGAGGCGCCGCUGGUGAAGAACAUCAGCGGCAAGCAUGGUGUUGAGAUUGGUGGGUUCGAGGUUGACAAGAGCGGGAAGCGCGUCGUGGUGUGCGCUACUAUUGAUAACCUGCUCAAGGGUGCCGCUACCCAAUGCCUGCAGAACAUGAACCUCGCCCUUGGCUAUGCGGAGUAUGAGGGCAUCCCUGUUAUGUAAAACGGACCUAACAUCGCCGUGUUUCGACCGUACAUAUUCCUUCUCUUGAGGGGUCUGCUUUAAAAAGCCGUAUGGGGUUGGGGUUCUCGUUUACCAUUUCGGAUGUCAUCAACAACUCGUUAGCGGACUCUAUUUUCUGUCCAUAUGG